CUAUAUUCCGGUGUGGUGUGACGUUUCCUUACGUCAAAUACAUGUUAAAACGUGUUUGAAUUUUGUGCUUGUGUAGUGUUUAAUAGGCCCCGUAUUCAUUUUAUUUGACCAUUGCCAGGCCAUAGCAUAAGUAAAUUCGGUGACGCAGUGACAAGUGAAAAAUGUGUGACAAACAAUUAAUUAAACAAUCUGCUUUACAUAAACCUAAUGGUGUUAAGAGGAAGACUGGACAUGUUUUGAUACAGUUGCCUGAAUCGCAUAGACACAGAUCGGCCAAACUGAGGACUAAACUGACCAUCGCUGGUUUACUAGUUCUUGUCAUUUUAUCUGCUUUGGGUGGUUAUUUCGUCGCUAAAUUUGAUUACAAACGAGCUACUAUACCCGAACUUGUGGAUCCUGUUGAGCCCUUGCCGCCUUCAUCAUCAUGGCUUCAUACAUUCAAAAGAGCUGCUGUCUGCACAGAUUCUCCAACUUGUUCCGAUAUUGGGCGACACAUCCUAUCCAUAAAUGGCUCAGCGGUCGAUGCAACCAUCGCAGCGAUGUUCUGCAAUGGUCUACAAAACCAGCAAAGUAUGGGCCUGGGCGGAGGUUUCUUCAUGACAGUGUACAUAAAGGAAGAGGAAAAGGCAUACACUGUGAUCGGCAGAGAGACGGCUCCAGCGGCUGCGACAGUGGACAUGUUUCAUGGAAAUGCUGAUAAGGCUAAGAAAGGAGGCCUUGCAGUUGGAGUCCCGGGAGAGUUACGUGGAAUGUGGGUUGCGCACCAGCGGUGGGGAAAUCUGCCUUGGAAAGACCUAAUCAAACCCACACUGGAGUUCUGCAAAUACGGCUUCGAAAUAACCGGUCCUAAUUAUGAAGGCCUCGAAAGUGCUCCUUACGUUAAACACGAUCGUCAUUUAAGAAAGACAUAUGUGAACAAAAAUAAUCAGUUCCACAAGCCGGGCACAGUGGUAAAGCCAAGCGAAGCCUGGUGCAGAACUUUGGAAGUCAUCGCUGAGAAAGGUGGGGAUGAGCUAUACAAUGGCAGCCUCUCUGUUGACUUCCUUGAGGAUCUGAAGGAAGCUGGCAGUAUCAUCACAGCUGAGGACCUUCAGAACUAUGAAGCAAAAAUAAUUGAACCACUUGCUGUACCACUCAGUCAAGGAGACACCCUCUUCACUCCACCACCACCAAGCAGUGGUGUGAUUCUAGUCAAUAUUCUGAACAUCUUGAGCGGAUACAAUUUUACCUCAGAAAGUAUUAAUGGCACAGAUAAUACAGUGCUUACAUAUCAUAGAAUAAUAGAAGCUUUCAAAUACGCAUAUUCAACGAGAACGAAGCUAGGGGACAUGGAUUUUUUGAAUUUGGAAGAGCUUAUAGCUAAUGUGACGUCUCCGGAAUAUGGGGCUGAAAUCCGCAACUUAGUAAACGAUACUUUAACCAGCAACAGCACAGCCCAUUAUGGCGCUGAGGAAUACCAGAAAAAUGAUGCCGGAACAGCUCACAUUUCCGUCAUUGGUUAUAAUGGCGACGCUGUAUCAUUAACAAGCUCCAUAAAUUACUUUUAUGGUGCUGGCUUCACAACUAACAGAACAGGUAUACUGAUGAACAACGUCAUGGAUGAUUUCUCAUCACCAGGAAUCACCAACUACUUCGGCAUUAAGCCAUCACCAGCCAACUUUAUAAAACCUGGAAAGCGACCUCUGUCUUCCAUGUGUCCAAGUAUUAUUGUAGACCAAGGUGGGAACGCAAAAAUAGUGAUUGGCGCCUCAGGUGGAACUAAGAUUACCACCUCUGUUGCUUUGGUUGCGAUCCGCACACUUUGGCUGGGCCAAACGAUAAAAGAAGCGGUAGAUGCACCUCGAAUUCACCAUCAGAUUUUCCCUAUGGAGGUGGCAUAUCAAUAUGGUGUUACGGUGGAUAUUCUAAACGGCCUGAGACAUAAAGGUCACGCUUUAAAAAGAUACGCGGGUAGAGGGUCCAUUGUAUGCGGCCUCUACAGAAACAAAACUGCUAUCUAUGGUAAUGCAGACUAUAGAAAAGGCGGGAACGUUGCUGGCAUGGAUUAAUUUAGUAUUUUUGUUCCAACAUUGCAUUUACUGUUGUUAAGCUUAAAGUGUUUGUGUUGACAGUCUUGAAAUAUUUGUUUCGAGAGUGCAGUGAAAAUAAAAUAAUUUCCUGUAUAAACUUAUAAAUCUAAACUAAUAUUUGUCGCAUCUUGUCAAAAUGCCCUUAAUUACCUAAUAGUAUUAUAAUUAUUCCGUUUGCGACUUUGUUAGUCUUACGUUUUAUUUUUUUCUUCAAGUGGAUUUCGUAAUAUAUGCGGAUAAGAGAAAUAUUAGGAAAAUAAUGAUGAAACAGCCAGAUACCAUCGUAAUUUUUACACCAUCGAAAAUCUGGAAAUUUGAAACAGUUCGUAUAUCUAAAACAAUUAAAUUAUAAACGUUUAUGUAUUAUUUAGUCCAGUUUAAGUCUAGAAGAAUUAACAAGCAGGUAUUGUCAUGACACAUUAAUCAAUUCAAUGUCAUCAAGAGAAUAAUAAACAAAAUAUUUAUUUUUAUUAUAACAUUUAAGUUAUGAAAGACAAAUUUAAAAACGGUAUGUAAAAAAUAGGAUCUGAGAAUAAUAACAAAGCCACAAAGAUUUAAAAAAAAUUAUUCUCUAGAUUAAAAAGCGUUAAAAUAUACUCUUUAUUUUAAAAUCAGAAAACCAUAUUUUAAUUAUUUCCUGAAACGGGUGAAAAGAAGAUGGUACAGAGAAGGUAUAUACCUACUGACUAAACAUGUUUUCCGUAUCAGCUUUGUUAAUAAAGAUAAUUUAUUAAGUAGUUAUAAGUAUCGUGAGAACAUUCCCUGUGUGAUAAGUAAAUAAAUGUAUUCUUGAUAUUAGGUGUAUGUAAAUGUUAUAAACAUAGUAUAUAAUAUUACACUACUGUAUUUAAUUAAUAAUAAUUGUAUGCAAAAUUAAAAACAUCUCUCCUAUACCUCUCUCAUAAAUAUUUCCUACAUUAGAUAAACUAGAUAUUUAUUAAUAUAGACAUUAUGGAAAAUCAAUCUCUUAAUAGUACAAAAUAAAUUUUAUAUUAUGUU